GGACAUCGCUUUUCAUUGGUUACAAAGCUAUACUGUGAAAAUGAAGUAUUCAGCAUGCAGUUUUUAAAGUAUUCAACACGGAAUUUAAAUAUAUGAGUUAGAACUAGCUGUACAUUUUGAUAACAUGGCGUCUUCAAUAUCUGAUUCCAGUACAAAAAGAGCUCAAGUUCGCCUUAUCGUGAAAUGUUAUUUCUGCAGAAAUUUUGUGUCUGCAAAGUGGAAGUGCUUGAAUUGUAAAAUAAUUAUGUGUGAAAAGUGUAAGGUGGCUCAACAUUCUAAGAAUUUUAAUGCUCUGAAACACAAUAUAGUCGAUAUAAAAGAAGACGAAGAUAUAAACGGUAUUCCAUGCGACAAACAUGGCGAUAAACUGUGUUAUAGUUAUUGCAGAGAUUGCGAGGAGAUUAUCUGCAAAGAAUGUUUAGUUAACUUCCAUCUAGAACAUUCAAAAGCAGAAAUACAUACCAUUUAUAAGGAAAAACUUCAAUAUUUUCGGAAACAGUUUUCCCCUGAAGUUCAUCCAAAGGCUUUAAGUUUUAUAUUUGGACAUUUUAACAGAUUGGAUGCCUCUCAAAAAGCAAUGAACAUAACUUUGAAAUUAAGAAACAUAAUAGGAACCAAUCUAUCUUUCAUCAGUCCCAUUGUAAGAACAACAAACUCUCUAUGGAUCAGCUGUUGGAAAGACCAGGCCUUGAACGAAUUGGGAAUUGGGUCAGAAAUAACAAAUCUCCGAACUUACAGUGAUAAAAAAGUCUACGAUAUGACAUUGUCGAAUGACGGAGAACUACUUACGUUUGUUGCAGACAGUUAUUUAUAUCGUCUUAUUGAUCAUUUAAACAUUGUUCAUAAUUUUAGUCCUCUCUUCGCCAAAGCAGUUCAUGCCACAAAUACCAACAUUAUUGUUAGUACUCAGGACAAAGAAGGUGCUUUUCCAAUUACGGAACAUAGCAGACGCCAAAUUGUUAUUCUUGAACUAGAUGGAAAGACAGUUUUCAACAUCAUAGAACACAAUGCACAAAACAAACCACUAUUUUCCCUUCCGAACAGAAUAACAACUAACCUGAAAGGUGAUAUUUUGAUUAUAGAUACUUUAUCAAUGAGUGACCUUGGAAGGGUCAUGUGUCUUGAUAAAGGAAAUGUCAAAUGGAGUUAUCGCGGAUAUCCUAACGUGAACGAUGCACGUGGCGAUAAUAGCUUCAGUCCGUUCGAUUUAGGUGUUACUCCAGCUGGAAAUAUAGUUGUGGCUGAUACAAUUAAUAGCGCUUUGCAUUUUUUAUCGGAAGCUGGCAUAAUACUGAAAUGUUUCUCAACAUUGUCCGUGGAUAUUAAACUGCCAUGUAGUUUGGAUAUCGAUAGGGAUGAAAUGCUUUGGAUAGGUUCUAAUGGAUACGAGGGUCAGCCGGGAAAUGCCAAGAUUCAGGUUCUGAAAUAUAGUGGCUGUUAGAAUGGUAUGCACAAACAGUUAUGUUUCCAUAAUGCUUCCAUUGAUUUACUUAAAAUAUGGUUGCCAUUUUGUGAGAGAGCAUUAGUGAUACCUUAGCUUGUUCUUGCAAUACAAAAAAUGUUCUGCUUGCAAGACGUUUGUGUGUAUCUUAAUUCAUUUUAACAUGUAUGAAAUAAGACCCUUGUAAAGUUAUCUUAAAUGUGUGCUAUUAACUACAGUAUGUAUAGUUCUUACAAGUUCCAUGUCCGUGUUACGAGCAAAUUUUAUGCUCGAAAACCAACGUUUUUAUUCGACUGUCAUACAAGUGAGAUGUUUAGCUAGCUAUAAAACCAGGUUUAAUCCACCAUUUUCUACUUAAGGAAAUGCCUGUACCAAGUCAGGAAUAUUACAGUUGUUUUCCAUUCGUUUGAUGUGUUUGAGCUUUUGAUUUUGCCAUUUGAUAAGGGACUUUCCAUUUUUAAUUUCCCUUCGAGUUCAGUAUUUUUGUUAUUUUACUUUUUAUACGAUUUAAUAGAUUUUCCCAGUAUCGUGAAGAUAUUAUUAUGAUUAACGGUGUCAAUAUAAAGCAUAAUUAACUUAAACAUCCUUCCGAUAAAAAAGGGAAGUAUCACAACAAAUAUAUAUCAUAUAAGAUAUAAAGUUAAGUUUGUCAUUAUGUGCUAAAAGAGCAAACCUUGCAUCAUAUCAAUUUGGGUACAAGACAACUUCGCUCAAAGACAACUCGGACUGUCUGCAAAGAAGACAGCUCGUGUCGUCUAUGAAGACAACUCGGACCGUCUUUCGAGACAACUUCGAACGUCUAUAUAGAUGUUCCGGACCAUAUGAGUAUUUGGAGAAUUUUUUCAGGAUUGAUCAUUCAUUUUCAUUUGUUGCUAUGCACGCUCAUUACUUUCUCACUUUUGUACACAUUUGUACUCCUCAACUAUUCUCCAUUGUAUAUUGCAGAAUAUUCAUUUUCAUUAUGUCUUGUGCAAAGUCAUUUAUUCCCCUCCCCCCGAAAAAUCAAUUGCUCCUCCCCUAGGCCUUAUUUAAAUACAGCUUUUAGUGAUGUUUUCAAUAAUAAUAAGUCCACUAGAUGUAAAGUUUAUACCUAAACACUUACAAUUAUGAACACAUUCUUUAGUAUCUUUUUCUUAAGGGAAAUAUUAUUUUUUAAGUUAACCAGGUUUGUUAAAAAUAACAACUUUGGUUUUUGAUAGAUUGACCUCUCAACACCUGUCCAUUUAGUACAAAAUUGGGAUAAACCAUCAAGUCGUUUUUGAAGACAUGACUUGGAACUAGAAGAAAUAACAAUCUCGUUUGAAUACAUGAGGCAGUCAAUUCUGUUGCCAUUAAUUAAAUCAAAUAUCAAAAGCAUCCGGAACUUCCUCAAAUGCAUCCGGUAAAUCAUUUAUAAAGAUCUUUAAAAGGUUGGGACUCAAAACACCAAUUUGAGAAUGAAAAUUUGGAGUAAGCUCAAAAAGCUGCAAUGUUUGCAGGAAGUUUGCAGAGCAUUAUUUCCAGUUUUCCUGCAUACUUUUGUUUGCAGCAAACCUGUAGCAGGUCUGGUGCAUAUCUGCAGCAAACAUUUCAGUUCUGUAAGGGGAAUAACUUUGUCAAAUGCUUUUUAAAAAAUCGACUAAGCAAGCAAAACGAUUCCGACCUUUCAUACUUUUGUACUUAUCAAUUAUGGUAUUAAUACAAAAAUAUGAUCAGAUGUCCUACUUUUACUGAAGAUCUUCUUCUAUCAAUGUUGUCAUUAAAUCUGUUCUGGUAUUUGAAACAAACAUUAAUAGAGUAUAAUACAUUCAGAAAAAUAAUCUAUUUGUAAGGGUAUCUGAGUUGUGUUAUAUCUUUCAUUUAUUGUUUGGUAAAAUGAUAAAGAUAUGUAUGAUGAACGGUCAAUUAUACCAUAUAUAAAAGGCCCUAGUAAUUGGAUGAUUUGACUCCCGUAGCUUGUACAUUCUGAAAUGCAUUUUUACUUUUGAUGUGACGAUAAAGAAGUUUCAAAUAUCUUUGUAUAUAUAUAAUUAAUUGAAAUAUAAAUAUGCGAUUUAAUAUAUUAGACUCCUGUCUUGCACUAAAUAUAUGUUGUAGAUAAUGCCGCUAUAUAUCUUUAAUUGUAAUCACUUAAAAAUUAUAAUGAGC